AUGGGUCACGGUUACCACCACCACAGUCACGAGAAGAAGCCUCUACAGUGGUUCGCAUCACCGCUGGCCGAGGAUCACCACAAGAAAGAACAUCAAAGCCCACCCAUCACCCGCGAAAACACACAGGCGGUCCUCGAUAGCGGAACCCGGAGUGACGAUGUCGAUGACGGUCCUCCGCUGCAGGCCAGGGCGGAUGACACCAAGUUGCACGACAUGCCAGAGUUCCAGCGCCAUGCCGAAGCGACAACCCAAGAACUCUUCUUUGAUCUCUUUUUCGUCGCCAACUUGACCACGUUUACGUCGCUCAAGGAGAUCAACGACAGCGCCUCUCUUACCGCGUAUAUCGGCUUCUUCGCACUCCUCUGGAUGACAUGGUACUCGAACUCCCUGUUCGAUGUUCGAUUCACCGCAGACUGCAUCUUCGAGCGAUGCGCUAAGGCUUUGCACUACGGUGUCAUGGUCGGCUUUGCUGUCGUUGGUCCCGCUUGGGAGCCUGGAAAAGCUACAAGCUCCCUCCAGAAGUACCAAGUCUUGUCAUUCAUUCUUAUGGUCUCUCGCCUGGUACUUGCUUCCCAGUACGCUGUCACGUUGUUCUUCUUGCGUAAACAUCGAAGAACGAUCCUUCCGAUGUCUCUAGUCAUCGGCUCGACGCUCGGUGCUGCGCUAAUAUACGGGUCCCUUACGGCUUCACUACCGAAAGAGACAUGCAACGUUGAGUUGGGUGUUUGCAAGAAAUUCACGACGCACGUUCAUAUCGCAUGGUACACCAUCAGCGCCCUGGAGAUCAUCUUCACAGUGGGGAUAUCGUGCGUUUGGCGUGUCAUCUCCUUCAAAGGCACACAUCUUGUGCAGCGCAUGUCACUACUUACUCUAAUCAUCCUUGGGGAAGGCAUUAUCGUCAUCUGCAAAGCUAUCUCCAAGAUCGUCAAGAACGGCUCGCAGUUUGAUGACGCACUCACUGGUCAGAUCGCCGCCUCAGUGCUAAUCAUUUAUCUGCUGUACAUGCUUUACUUCGAUCGAAUGCAUGAAGAGCACUUCGGUACCAUCAAGCAGCAAGUCUGGGCAUCGUUACAUUUCUUCUUACACAUCACGCUGGUCUUGGUUCUACAAGGUGUCUCAUACCUUAUCAUGUGCGUUGUCGCCUUGAUCCGGAUGGACAACGUUGAUGGGAAAUUCCGCGAAAUUGAAGCGCUUAGUGUCAACGGCGCUUAUGCCAACGGUACCCUCUUCGCGGACGCUCUCCGUCAAAAAAUCGAUACAUACCUUUGGAAUACCAUUCCCAAGGGCGUCGACGCAAGCAAAGCACUCGAGACAUGGAACAGCAGUUUGAUCGUACUAGCGCAGAGCUUCGACAACCUGCAGAAGGACAAGGCAAACUUGACAGCUGUGGACAUGAUCACCACUAGCCUGAACAAUGCAGAGAGCAUGGCGAUUCAGACCAUGUUCGACAGCCUUUCUAUCUCGGUACCCAAGACAGCGAAGACAACGACCGAAAAUGUUCUGAACAAGGUCUUCGACAAGGCCAGUCUCCUCAAGAAGUAUGAGACGCGAUUCGAGCUUGUCUUCGACUACGUCUUCCUCUCGGCCGGUCUCGCCAUUGUAUUCAUGGCUAUCAUUGCCUUCAUCUCGUUGCCGGACAAGAAACGCCACCUUCGUCAAUAUAUGCGCCUCUUGUUCAGCGUUAUCCUCGGCCUCGCGAUCUAUCUGAUAUGCCUCGUCAAUACCAACAAGCCGAGUCAAAAGCACUACAUGGAGAGCAACUGGAUGUUACCGACCAUCUGUAUAAUCUUCGCUGUCUGUGUGCUGGUGAGCCAUGCGAGGCCUUGGUGGCAUUCUCAUUAUAGGUGGCAUGGUGCUUGA